CCCGUUUCCGCUGGGGGGCGGGGCGUCGCCAUGGCGGCCGGAGGCAGAGCCGGGCGGCCGGAGAAGCCGCGAUGAGGGAUGAGGAUGAUCUCGCGAUACACGCGGAAGCCGGUGCCCCCCGACGCCCUGGAGAUCCAUGGACUUGCAAAAAAUGCUUUAGAGCAUCAUCCCCUGCCAGAGCCACGAGAUGACAUUUACCCUGCUACAGCGGCCACUGAAAGCUAUGAAGAAUUCUUGAGGGAGUCUGAAAUCUUGAAGGAAUCAAAUUACCCAGACAUUACUGCAGCUGACAAUGGGAGCUCAUGGUCUGCUAGUCAGAGUUACACAGGAACCUCCACUGAAGACAGCUCAGUCUUCUCUUGGGGCUACGAUGAAUUUGAUAAAGCUGCCACACGUCAAGUUCAGCAGAUGUUCAGACACAUUGAUGAGCUUUUAUAUGAACAGAAAGAAAGUGUGCAUGUUGAGGGUCUGCAAGUAGAGUGCCAACAAUGGACAUCUAGCUUUCCUCAUCUCAGGAUUUUGGGGAAGCAGGUAGUAAUCCCCACAGAUGAAGGUUUUGGGUGGUAUUCAAGUUCACCUUCUAGCAGCUUAGGUUCACUGGAUGUCAGCCCAGUACAAGAAAGAGAUUCUAGUGAGUUUAGUAUUUUGGGCAAGAAGAUACCUCUGUGGGUUACUCCCAUUCAUAAAGAUGCUGACAUUUCAAAACCUCCUACUGUUUGCUCUGUGGAGAGUGAAGAAGGUGAAGAUGGAGUAAUUGUUUCUGAAGGAAUAAUGGAGGAAUAUUUAGCAUUUGACUGCAGAGAUGUGGAAGAAGAGUUGCAUGAAAGGAAAAUGGGACUCUCAUCUGACAGACAGAAAUUAGGUUUCCCUCCUAUAUCUCCAUGUUACUGUAUGAAGGAUGCUGUGCUCACAUAUGUGUUUGAUGAUGUGUGGAGUGAAGUCCUGGGCUCUGUGGAGGAGUUAAUCUGCCGGCACUGGGAAGGAUCAGUCUCCGGUAAUGAUGAUGAGAAAAAUGUCAUAACUGCAGAAACAAUGAGAAUGGAUCCUGGAAGCCCUUUUCUGCAGUUUGAACCUCUGCCAUUGGUGUUACCACGAGUGCCACAAGCUAAAAUGCCCUCCAUCACCUCAAAUUUGUGCCCACAACCCAGAUGUAGCCGCAAAACCAAAAAGAGGAGAAAAUCACCUCAAAUAAAUGUCUCUCAAGGAUCAAGUGGUGGCCCUCAACAAAAUCUGAAUGGUUUGAUGGUGAUACAUGGGAUGCACUUACAACAAAGGAAUCUGCCUCUAAUAGACAAAAUAUUGGAUCUGGAUGACAAACCACUAUUGAGGCCAGGCUCCAGUUCCAUCCUCUCAACAAGAACUCGACCAAAUCGCACUCUAGAGCUCAGUACGUCUUCUCUGUCAUAUUCUGCUCAUUCUGCUAGAAGACGCAACCCACCACCACGCACCCUGCAUCCCAUCAACACUAACCACUCUCGUUCUGGGACACCAAGAUCCAUGGAUGAAGUCAUCAGGGGAACACGACUUCCUACUGCACAUGACCAGCUGUUCUCACCCUCCUUAAUGCCCUUGAGCCGAAAUAAUCUUCUGCCACCUAUUAGUACUGCUGACGUUGUGGAACACUUGAACACCGUGGGAUCCCAAAGGCAAACGGAUCCCCGAGGGAAUUCCAGUCGAGCUCAGAGUGCAAUGGAAGAUGAGAUUAACCAUCAGCAGCCACAGGAGAGGCUUUUCUUACCUGAUCAUUUCUCCAGGCCUAAUACGACACAUGCAUUUUGGGUAAAAAGUGGCAAAUGUAUCCAAAUACCGGAUCCACAGUAUCGCCGUUCUUGCACAGUUAUUGAUUAUGCGAAUCAAACCCGGACCAGUAGAGGAUCAGCAGGCACAGGUACAUGCAAUAUUUUGACUGAAAUAAUAAUAAUGGCUGUGAUGUGGGGUAUUUGCUGCUUUCAUAUCACAUCACUUAAGUUAUAUCUGCAACAUGAACAGAAAACCCCUAUUAAUAAAUUUAUUUUAUAUUUGAUUUAUUCUUCUGAUCUACUAUUAUACAAAGUUUCACAGAUAUGGGGCUUGUGUGGUUUUUCCUCCUGCCAUAUGUAACAGUUUAAAUAAUUCAAAGGACUUUUUACACUGUGGACCUUGAUCCUUCUCCUAUUAAAAUACAUGGAAAUCGACUGAAGUGAAAGAAAGAUCAAGUACUAUAUGUGUGAAAUUCAAGGUUAUAUUUUUCUAUUGGUUCUGGUUCACUACGUGUGUAACUAAGGCCUUGCCUAUAUUAAAAGCUGCGCUGCUUUAACUGAAAGUCAAUGUAGUUGAAUCAAGGUGGCAAAAUCCCUAUAGGGAUACUUUCACAUCAGUUUAAACCCCAUACAUCAAUUUAGCUUCAUUUGACUUGUAACCCAAUUAAGCUGAAUACACACACACACACUCUCUCUCUCUCUCAAAAUCCACUUUUAGUUAAACCAGGGCAGCUUCUAAAUGUAGACGAGGUUUUGCAUGGGGAGGGGAGGGGAUGAAUUUAGUGGCAGAUAAUAUGCAUUCCCUAGCCUGAACUGCCCUACUGUUCUGGCAAUGCUAAUGAUACAAUCUUUAACUUUUAAAACAAAGCCAUUCUUAUAUGCUUCAGAUACAACCCCCACUACCAUUUUGUGACUUACCAGCAGGGUACACGAAGCGGUGUGUGUGCAACUGCACUUUUGCCAUAGAAAUCAUCUAGGGAGGGAGGCCUCUUGUCUCCAUCAACUCUUGCUUCAGAGAUCUCAGGAUUACUGUAGGGAGGACGUCAGUCAUCGUACUAUGCAAUUACACAGCACUAAAAAUCAGUUAACCAAAUCUAUACAGUAUAUAUUGUUUUCAGGUAUGGCUGGGUUGUUUACAUUGGAAAAUGGUCUGGAUUGUAAAUCCUUAAGUGGGAUAAGCUUUUCACCUCAAACUCAAAACCCAUCCUCUGUAUCUAUUUUAAUACUGGAAUGUUUAUUACUCUACAGAUUCUAUUAACAUAAGAGUGAGGGGAAUCACAUUAGGGAUAUCUAGUUCUUCCUGUAUUAGUUCUUUUCACCAUCAUGCUCUAGGUCAUUCUUUUGAUGAGGAGAGAGAUCAUCCUCCAUUGGGUAAGAAAUGAGGCACGAGACUUGAGAACUGUUAAAUGUUCUUGGUGCGUUUGUAUCUGAUAGUUGUUGGUCUGUCAGAUUCCUAGUAGAUAGGUGUUAGGAUGGUAUUUAUUAUCUGAGCUGGUAUCAGACAUGCCAAACCCAUGAAAAAAAUGCAGAAAUUGGGCUUGUUUUUGGCUUAAUUGGCUUGUUGGCUAGUUUUUGGCUUGUUGCUUCUUUUUUUUUGGUUGGCUCCUGGUAAGCAGGGGCAAGUGGGGAAAGUGUCAGGGGUGCACAGCGGGCCCACCCCAGUCCCAGAGUGCACGCUGGGAAGAUUAGUCACGUAGAGUGUUGGGGUUCUUAGGGAUUGUUUUGUUUUGGCCUUGUUUUGAAAUGGGAUUAGCGUGAUUUUUGGCUUAUUGUGAAAAUUGGAGUACUUAUUUACUGCGUGAAAGUAGGCAACUGUGGCUGGUAUCCUUGUCAAUGACUGAACAGUCAGAGAGAGCAUCUGAUGGUUCCUUCAGCUCAGUGUUGAAGCACAUGGUCGGGGGAAAAAGAGGGGAUGGGUGGAGAAUUGAACUGUUGCUGUCUGUUGUGUGUACUAUUAGAAAGCUCUUAGAGGUUGCCCCUUUCUGGUGGAAUUCUUGAGUCCCAUGAUUUGUGGUGUUAACUCUAAAUAAGGCAUAAUUUUCCCUCCUUCAGAAUCAGUGGAAUAGAGUGCGGUGAAGCAGCCACUCACUCAGCUAGUGAGCACAGCAGAAACCAGCCCAAGAAGGGAUAGCAACAGGAAGGGUCUGGCAUAUAAAUUCUCCAGGAACAAAAUGCACACCAACUUGCUUUAUCUCCCCUACUCAGUUCUGGACUGGGGUGGAGGGAGGGUAUUAAACACUUUAAACAGCACGUUACUGUGCAGCAAGCCAGGUUGUGAAGCUACAAUGCACUAGCUUACCAUGCAGUAACACCCUGUGUGGACAUUGAUAUAGUGCACUUCAAGUAGUAGUGUGCCAAGCCAAUGUCCAGGACUUUAUGCUCCUUAGCAGGACAUUAUUGUGUGAUAUGACAAACUGCUGUGAUUUAAAAUCUUACCCUGGCUUGCCACACAGUAAACUUGCCACGUAGACAAGCCGUAAGGGCACAAGUAUGCAUGCGUUUCUCCCUCCCCUCCAAGCCUCCAGGGAAUCAGCUCCUUCUCAGGCCAAGCUCCCUUCAACUCCUUCUCUCCCAUUGCUGCCAGACUUUGUAGAGAGCAGAGACCAGGAGCCUAAGUACUUAACCCACCAUUAUCAGAGUAUCUGAAUAGGGCUCAGGCUGGAGAGUGCUCAAGGGCAUCUCUGAGUGGAACACAGAGGAAGGAACUAGGAUGCAUGAUCUAGCAUCAAGAAAGAAAAGAAGGGAAAUUGGUGCCUGAAUGGUAUGUUUUAUGUACAUUUCACACUGAUUUUUCAAGCUGAAACAUCCAUAGCCAAAGUGAGUAUUGCCUACUAUGCUUAGAAGACAGACCAAAAGAAGAAACUGUCUUAAGUCAUGAUGGUUUUUGUUUGUUUUUUUUUGUCAGUUUUGUGAGUUGGUUUCUCAUGAUUUUUUAGGAUGGUAAAUAUUAGACUCUCCUGUACUCAUGCUGGUACUUGUCACACGCACUGGAAUUUAUCAAGUAUUCUUAGUACAAAGCUUCUUUGAUGGAUCAUGUCACAGAACAUUCCACAGUAAUACAGCAGCUACCUUCAACCAAGGAUUUUCAUACCUUUCUUACCUCCAGAAAGUUUCAUAAAAGGCAUAUUUUAUUAUUGAACAUAAUCAGCCUUGGUUUUUAAAAUGAAGAUACUGCCAUUGCUAAUAAAUAAAUUAAAGCAUAUUUUAACAUUGAAAAAGUGGAUAUAUAUAGUUUUGGUAUUUAAGACUUCUAGCAGAUACUAAAAUUGAUGUUUUACCUAAUCUUUAUGUAGUAGGUCUUCAGCUACAGGGUUCUGUAAAAGCUCACAGCAGAGGUGGAUCAGUUACAAGAAGCAGACAAGCAUUGUAAUGGGUAAUGAACAAGGAUCCAUCCCUCACAAUGAUGCAGUGAGCACAGCUGGACACUCAUGAAAGUGUUGAAUCUCAGCAAUAUUAAACUUGUUUACAGAAGAAUUUAAGAACAUCUUCAUGAAGGAUCUUAUUUUUGUAUGUUAUAUUUUUAAAAAGCAGCUGCCAAAGACUAUAGGGUACUCAGCACAUUUCAGUUUUCUUCCUGUAGACCAGGUUUUGCUAUUCUGGUGAACACUAAAGCUUGUACCCUAAAAGUCUACCAAUUUUUCCGCUAAACCACUGCUAAUAUUUUUCAUAUUAAAAAGGACUAUUGGCUCAGGACUCUUUGGUUCCUGUUACUGCAGCAGGGGCACUACUGGAACAGUUGCCUAACUUUGUGAAAGACUAUUGCACUUUUCACAGCAAUCUAUUUACUAUAUAAAAGGAUUUUUUUAAAAAAAAACUUUACUACGUUGAUAUGUCUGGCAUGAUUUCUCUAUUAAAAAUGAGCAGACUUAUUGCAUAUAAUGCUGCCUGUACAACUGUGGUGAACAGGUAAUUUGGACAAACUGUGGAUCCUAUGGUGAGAACACCAGCUACAACAACAGUUGCAUAAAAUAAGGUAGCAAAUAAAGAAAUCUUGUGCUUCCACAUUUGCUAAUUUUAACUUGCAGUCUUAACUGUAGCAUGCUACUGUCCCUUCCUGUAUUAUAAACUAAUUCUUCUCCACCAGUGACUCAGGCAAGUGUCCUCAAGGGACAAAAGCAAUCUUAUUUUGCUGAAAAUUUAUUCCCACACACUACUCAAAGUAAGAGAAUCCUUUAAGUAUUCUUCAUGAUUACAUAUUUUAUGUAAUUUCAGCAGAUGGAUGUCUCCAUUUUGAAACAAAUUAGAGUGACUAAAGAAAUGUUUCUGUGCACCAGCAUCAUUCACCAUUUCAGUCGCCCAGGAGAGCUUUCUUAGGCACAGACACAUUCCGCUUCUGUAAGACAGACAUACUGGGAUAUUUUAGAAACAGUUACCAUUAAGACAUAAAUGUCGCUUAUACAUUAAAUGCAACAGUUUCACAGUAAAGCAGCUAAACUGUAAUUCAGUUUAACUACAAACAUUAUAUUCAGGUCUUACUAUUAACAGUAAGUGCUAGACUGCAAAUAUAUGUCAUAAAUUGAGGGGAACCUGUUAUUUUUGAACAAUAGGUAUUCUGCUACAAUGUGAAGACAGUUACUUUGAGCAAACUGAUUCUUUAAUAAAAAAAUUGUCACCUUUUAUAUGCAAUUAAAAAGCUUUUCUAAACUUCA